UGCAUCGAUACAAGCCGUGAAUUUAAUCUCAAUUUAGCGGUGAAGGCUCAGACUAUUACCAAUGGGCUAAAAUAUUCUUUGGCUACAGGAAAUUGGGGAGACCAGAAGAAGGCCAUGCAGUCAAGAGCCGGUGUCUCGCAAGUACUCAAUCGCUAUACGUUUGCGUCUACGCUUUCUCAUCUAAGAAGAUGUAAUACUCCGAUGGGGCGUGACGGAAAGAUUGCCAAGCCACGCCAACUUCAUAACACGCACUGGGGUAUGGUUUGUCCUGCCGAAACGCCUGAAGGACAAGCGUGCGGCUUGGUCAAGAACUUGGCUUUAAUGUCAUAUAUUUCUGUUGGGAGUUCAUCCGACCCGAUUAUUGAAUUCUUGGAAGAGUUUGGCAUGCAGAAUCUCGCUGAAAUACAAUCGAGCAAUGUCAAUUUGAAUGAAGCUACAAAGAUAUUUGUGAAUGGCAGUUGGGCUGGGGUCACUCAUGAUCCAGAAGAACUUGUCAAUACUCUUAAGCGUUUGAGACGAUGCGUCGAUGUGAGUCCAGAAGUAAGUGUUGUCAGAGACAUUCGUGAAAGGGAAUUACGGCUUUAUACAGACGCUGGAAGAGUCUGCAGGCCACUAUUUAUUGUGCAAGACAUGAGAUUGGUAAUUACAAAGGAAAUAGUACAGAAGCUGGAAGAAUCGAAAAAUGAUCCAGAUGCGCCUACUUUCGGCUGGCAAGAUUUAAUUGCGAACGGAUGCAUCGAACUUAUAGAUGCCGAAGAAGAAGAAACGGUCAUGAUUUGUAUGACGCCGCAAGACCUUGCUGAAUCGCGACGAUACCAUCUUGGUGGUGAAAAAGCAAUAACGAAGCCGAAAGUGAAGGAUGUCUCUGCUCGUGUUAAAAGCAAUAUCGCCGCUUAUACAAGCACCUGGACUCACUGUGAAAUUCACCCUAGUAUGAUUCUAGGCAUCUGUGCAAGCAUCAUACCUUUCCCAGAUCACAAUCAAUCUCCUCGUAAUACUUAUCAAUCCGCUAUGGGUAAACAAGCGAUGGGUGUAUAUGUUACAAAUUACCAACUGCGAAUGGACACUUUAGCAAACAUUUUAUACUACCCUCAAAAACCACUUGUAACAACACGUGCCAUGGAGUUUUUGCGAUUCCGUGAACUGCCUGCUGGGCAAAACGCGAUUGUCGCUAUUUUAUGUUAUAGCGGAUAUAACCAGGAAGAUUCAGUAAUUAUGAACCAGAGUAGCAUUGAUCGGGGUUUGUUCAGGAGUAUGUUUUACAGAAGUUAUAUGGAUCAGGAAAAGAAAGUGGGAAUGCUGACUAUAGAAGAAUUUGAAAAACCAACAAGAGAAACGACGCUUCGUUUGAAGCAUGGAACCUAUGAAAAAAUUGAAGAAGACGGGCUAGUUGCUCCUGGAACCCGAGUUUCUGGAGAUGAUAUCAUUAUUGGAAAGGUCACACCGAUUCCUCCGGAUACGCUGGAACUAGGUCAACGACAAAGCACUCAUACAAAACGUGAUGCAUCUACCCCUCUUAGAAGUACGGAAUCGGGUAUCGUCGAUUCAGUCAUGGUGACAACUAAUCAGGAAGGAAUGAAGUUUGUUAAAGUUCGUGUGCGAAGUACCCGUAUACCUCAAAUGGGAGAUAAAUUUGCGAGUCGUCAUGGUCAAAAGGGUACCAUUGGCGUCACAUAUCGCCAGGAGGAUAUGCCAUUUACUGCAGACGGAAUUACACCAGAUUUAAUAAUAAACCCACAUGCUAUUCCGAGUCGUAUGACGAUUGGUCACUUGGUUGAAUGUCUACUAGGAAAGGUCUCUACCCUAACGGGUAGUGAGGGAGAUGCGACACCUUUCACAGACGUGACUGUUGAAGCAAUUUCGGCUGGGCUCAGGGAGCAAGGUUAUCAAUCCCGAGGCUUUGAGGUUAUGUACAAUGGCCACACGGGUCGCAAGCUCGCUGCCCAAAUAUUUCUGGGUCCUACCUACUAUCAGCGUCUUAAGCAUAUGGUGGAUGACAAGAUUCAUUCACGAGCAAGAGGACCUGUACAGAUUCUUACAAGACAGCCGGUAGAAGGUCGUAGUCGUGACGGUGGAUUACGUUUUGGCGAAAUGGAAAGAGAUUGUAUGAUUUCUCACGGUACAGCCAUGUUCCUCAAGGAACGGCUUUUUGACGCCUCUGAUGCAUACCGCAUACAUGUCUGUGACAUUUGCGGGUUGAUGGCUAUAGCAAACUUGAAAAAGAAUACGUUUGAAUGUAAAGCUUGUAAGAACACCACACAGAUAUCGCAAGUUCACAUUCCAUAUGCAUGUAAAUUACUUUUCCAAGAAUUGAUGGCGAUGAACAUCUCUCCACGCCUUUUCACGUCUUGA